AUGCUACUACUUUUAUUUCUAACGAUUAUCAUAACUCAGACACAAGGUCAACCAUGUACACUUCAAUUUCUUCCUGCACUUCAAAUCAUAACAAUGCCCGAAGAUACUAAAACAGGAGAUCUUGUUGCUCGUCUUCAAAUAACUGGAACAACAUCAGAAAUAUCAACUCGAUUAGUUUAUAAUAGUUCAGAAGUGAAAACAAAUGGAACAGAUUAUUUUACAUUAAAUUUUACAAGUCUUUAUUUACGUUCAUCUCUUGAUUAUGAAUGGUGGUCAUCAAAUAAUUAUCCAAAUCCAUUUCGUUUUAUUGUUGAAUGUACAGUUUUAUCUGAUCAAUCAACUCGUUAUAUUGAUUUUCAACUUGAUUUAAUUGAUGUUAAUGAUAAUCCACCAAUAUUUAAUCAAUCAAUAUAUCAAAUAAAUAUAACUGAAACAACACCAGUUAAUACAAUUGUAUCAACAACAAUAUCCGCAUAUGAUUUAGAUUCUGGUGUAUUUGGAUUAUUUUCAUAUUAUUUAUUAAAUACUUCAUCUCCGUACAGUUCUUAUUUCCAAUUAGUAAGUCCAAAAAAUGCUAGUUUACUUCUACUUAAACCACUUGAUUAUAAUUCGAUGACACCAAAUUUUAAUCUAACAAUUUCUGCACAAGAUGAUGCAAAUUCUUCACUUAGUUCUCAAGCAAUUCUUUCUAUACAUAUUAUUGAUGUUGAUACAUUAAAUCCAGCAUUUCUCUCCACAUCAUAUAAUCUUAAUAUUUCAAUAAAUACAACUGCUGGUUCGGAAGUCAUACCGACACAAGGACGAAUAUUUGCAUAUGAUCAAGAUUUGGGCAUUAAUGCAACAGUUAUUUAUUCUAUAUUAACAUCAAAUCCUUACUUAUCAAUCAAUAAUUUUACUGGUGUUUUAACUCUACAAAGAGAGUUUAAUACAACAAUGCUAUUCGAUCUUUUAAUUAAAGUAA